UGAAGGUAAAAUGUACGUAUUUUAUCUUAAAAAGGUUUUCGAUAGAGCCCGAUUCAAAUAAAUUUACUAUCAACAACAUACUCAAUAUAUUUUCGAAAAAAUAAGAUUCGGUGAAGGAAAAAUGUACGUAUUUCAUCGUAAAAAGAUUAUUUUCGAUAGAGCCGACUCAAAUAAAUUUACUACCAAGUUCAAAUGUUUUCCCGCCAUCUAACUCCUCUUAAACCUCUCCACUAAUUAUAUCUUUUGGUACACUAAAUCUCUCGUUAUGCACGUAGUUCGAGGAAACACUGGAUCACGAGUAUCUAUUAUAUGCAGUUUCACCUUACAUUUAUGUAAGCGUUUGUUUUCACGACUUGAACCGGUAACCUCCUCGUUAAACGACACCAACUUACACCAUUUACGUUUGCCAAAAGAUUGCUCUUCAUUUCGCAAUGCACACCAAGUGUUUGAUAAAAUUCCUCAACCAAAACUCAUCUCCCUUCACCAUUCCAUGCUCAAUUACAUACACAUUAACCGCCAUAUCGAUGCGCUUAUAAUCUUCAAGAAUCAGCUCCAAAUGGGUAUCUCAGAAAUCGACGAAGUUGCAUUAGCAUUAGCUCUCAAGGCUUGUCGAGAAUACCUAAAUUUCGGGGCUCAAAUACAUUGCCUCGCGAUCACUAGUGGGUACAUUUGCUAUACAACAGUACCAAAUUCUUUAAUGAACGUGUAUUGUAAAACAAGGAACUUUAAUAAGGCAUUGUGUGUGUUUGAUGAUGUAGAGUUUCCUGAUAGAGUUUCAUACAAUACAUUGCUUUCGGGGUUUGAGGAUGGUAAAUGUGCGUUGAGUUUUGCUCUAUGGAUGCGUUCGGUUGGAGUUGUUUUCGAUGUUGUGAGUUGUACUACCGUACUUAGUCAUUGUACGAAUGAAGAUGAGUUUGCUCUUGGUAUGCAGUUGCAUUGUCUUGUAUUGAGGUACGGAUUGGAGGACGAUGUUUUUGUUGGAAAUGCACUUGUGACUAUGUAUUCGAAGUUGGGUAAUAUGGGGGAGGCUGAAAGAGUGUUUCUUGAAAUGCCGUGUAAAGAUUUGGUGUCGUGGAAUGCUUUGCUCUCGGGGUAUGCACAAGAAGGGGAUUACUCGAAGGAAGCUACCGAGGGGUUUAGGGAAAUGAUUAGGGAAGGGAUGAAACCUGAUCAUGUGUCGUUUACAAGUGCUGUAUCUGCUUGUGGACAGGAGAAAGCUUUGGAGCUUGCGAAGCAGAUACAUUGUUUGGUUAUUAAGAUGGCGUAUGGUACUCAUGUUUCGGUUUGUAAUGUUUUGAUAUCGUUGUAUUAUAAGUGUGAUGUGACUGAAGACGCGAAUAAGGUUUUCCAAAGUAUGACUGAACGUAAUGUAGUGUCUUGGACAACGAUGCUUUCCAUGGAUAAUGAAAAUAUUGUAUCUAUUUUUAAUCGGAUGCGGAGAGAUGGGGUUUAUCCAAAUCACGUUACAUUUGUUGGAUUGAUUCAUUCUGUAACUGUCAAGAAUUUGUUGCGAGAAGGCCAAAUGGUUCACGGAUUUUGUUUGAAGACAAAUUUCUUCUCUGAACUGAAUGUUGCUAAUAGCUUCGUUACCAUGUAUGCUAAGUUUGAAAUAAUGGAAGAUGUUUUGAAGGUUUUUGAAGAGCUCGACCGGAGAGAUCUUAUAUCGUGGAAUGCAUUGAUUUCUGGAUAUGCUCAAAAUGGGAUGUCUCGAGAAGCUUUGCAGACAUUCUUGUCAGCAUCAAUGGAGUUACGACCAAAUGAUUACACGUUUGGUAGUGUCUUGAGUGCACUUGCCUCAUCUGAGAGUAUUUCACUGAAGCAUGGACAACGAUGUCAUGCUUGCUUGAUAAAGCAGGGGUUCAACAGUAAUCCAAUUGUUUCAGGUGCUCUUCUUGACAUGUAUGCAAAACGUGGGAGUAUCUCUGAAUCUCAAGGAGUUUUCGAUGAGAUAACAGAUAGGAGCCAAGUAUCAUGGACUGCUAUCAUUUCUGCUUAUUCGAGGCAUGGUGAUUAUGAAUCCGUAAUGGCUUUGUUUAAGGAAAUGAAGGAGAAAGGCGUGGAUCCUGACUCAAUAACAUUUCUUUCUAUACUAACAGCUUGUGGUCGACAAGGGAUGGUUGAUAUGGGAAUAGAUAUUUUCAAUUCCAUGGUUAGAGAUUAUUCCAUCGAACCAUCUUCAGAGCACUAUGCUUGUAUGGUGGAUAUGUUUGGUCGAGCAGGGAGGCUUAACGAGGCUGAGUUUUUCUUGGCUCAGAUUCCCGGAGGAUCUGGAUUGUCCGUGUUACAAAGCUUACUUGGUGCUUGUAGGAUUUAUGGAGAUGUUGACAUGGCGACAAGAGUUUCCAAUACUUUGAUCGCGUUAGAACCAGACCAAUCCGGUUCAUAUGUCUUGAUGUCGAAUUUGUUUGCAGAGAAGGGGCAGUGGGAUAAGGUAGCAAACAUCAGAAAAGGAAUGCGAGACAAGGGAGUGAAGAAGGAGAUAGGAUUCAGCUGGGUAGAUGUAGGUAGCAUUGAGUAUUCUUUAAAUUUGCACGGAUUUUCAUCGGAUGACAAGUCACAUCCCCGGACAGAGGAGAUAUAUCGGAUGACAGAAUGUAUAGGUUCGGAGUUGAAGCAUUUGGAGCGCGAAGAAGAAGAAAACGAGUCUGUGACAUUAGCAUGUGCUAUAUGAGUUCUUUGAACGAACUACAUUCUUUUUUCUUCUUGUUCAAAAUACAACAUCCAAAGCAUAUAUGUAAAUUAGUUAUUGACAAAACACUACAAGGGUUAAUGAAACCGUUAUUGUUGCUUUAGAUCGAUUCA